AUGCUUUCAAUUCCAGCUUCAUUGCUGCUCAUUGUGCCAGGCGUUGCAUGUUGGCCUUCGCGAGCAGAGAACUUUGUCACAAACAUUGUCAGGUUAGCUGACCAAGAGGACAGCAUUGCAAAGCCGAUUCGGAAAGACAUCGCCGCAUUGUCUAUUGAAUUCUGCUACAUCACAGACUAUCUGGGUGACGUCGACCAGCCCAACACCCUCUCACGCGUCCUCCUUCAAAACAUUGAAGACAUAGCUGGUGCUCCCCCUGUCAUCCGCAUUGGCGGACACACGCAAGAUGUCGCCUCGUUCUGUGCCGAUUGCCCGCAGACAUUGAACAGCACCUUUGCAAGCGGUAACGACGAAGCUAUCGAUGUCAGCUUUAACAAAGACCUCUUUACUGUCUUAAACGAAAACGUCCCAGCGCGGCAGGAGUUCAUCCUCGGUCUUAACUUCGGCCGCAACGACGUGUCCAUUCCCCUUGCUGAAGUCGAAGCCGCGGAGAAGUAUAUGUAUCCGUCGCGUCUGCGGGCAUACGAGCUCGGAAAUGAGCCCGACUUCUAUGGCCCGUCGCAGCGCAUGAGGCCAUGGACUGUGGACAACUACGUUGCAGAGCAAGAGGAUUGGCUCAGCCAGCUGGGGAAGAGGACGAGAAAAGGAUUCUCGAUCGGAGCGUUAGCACAGCUACCUGUCUAUCAGGGAAACUUUUCUUUGGCGGAGAUCACCGCCCUCGGCCUGCCGGAAAAGAUAGAUUAUGCAGUGUCGCUUUCGGACCACACGUAUCCAUAUUCUCGCUGCGAUCCCGCACGAGAAGCCCGGGUGUCACUUCCUGAGCUCAUGAACCACACUUCCAUGGUGGAGUACUUCUCGCAAUGGGCCCCUGAGAUCCAAGCUGCAAAUCAUGUUGGUCUCCAUUUCCUAAUGGGGGAGACGGGAAGUGUGUCUUGCCACGGCAUGCAAGGUGUAAGCAAUACACUUGGUGCCGCGCUUUGGGAGUUGGACUAUAUGCUCCAUGGGGCAACCAUAGGGAUGAGCGGCGUGUACUUCCAUAUGGGGACACCGUUCUACUACAGUAUGUGGCAACCUGUCCCCCACAAUGGAACGGCUGCCACAGUCUACCCUACGUAA